AUGGCAAAAGAUACAGAAAAAUAUUUUAUUGAAUUACUUAAUAUAAGGACAUAUUUAAUUAAGAUUGGCCCGCAGCGGCAUCAAACCGGAACUAUAUGUAUCAAAAAAUUCGAGGAAGCAAAUAAUGUAUUAGAUAGUUUUGAAAAAUGGUUUUGUAGCAUUAAAGAUAAAGUUGAGAGAUUGAGUCAAUCUGAAUUAAUCUCUAUUAAUAAAUAUAGUGACCAUAUUAAGAAAUUAUACAAAGAGAUAAAAUUAUUGUGUAAUAUUACCGUAGAAAACAAGAACAUGGAAGACUUUAACUUGAAAACAGCUGUUUCCUUAUUGCCAAUUAUGGAUGACAGAGAAAAUACUACUAAAAAUCUCAUUUCGUCUAUCGAAAUGUAUAGCUCAUUAUUAGAUGAAAAAUCAAGGGUAAUGCUCAUUAAUUUUGUGCUAAAAACGAGAUUAUCGGAGGGUGCUAGGCUCAGGCUAAACCAGAAGUAUGACUCAGUUGAGCAUUUAAUUAAAGACAUGAGGGAUCAUCUACUAACUAAAAAGUCUUUUACAGCAUUACAACAUCAAUUGUUAAGGUGUACUCAAAAUCAGCGGGACAUCGAAGACUAUGGUAAGCAAAUUGAACAAUUAUUUGUUGAAUUAACCAUCUCGCAGGCUGACGGUGAUACAAAAAAAUAUGAAAUUUUAAAGCCGAUCAACGAGAAAAUGGCAAUUAAGCAAUUUACCACCGGUUUGCGAAAUGGUAACCUUAGCACAAUUAUUUCGGCUAGAAAUUAUGAAAACUUAAAAGACGCAAUUAGGGGAGCAAAAGACGAACAGACAUCCAUGACUCCAGUUGAUAAUAUAAUGAAUAUAACAAACAGGCAAGACAACAAUUCGUUUUACUCAACACGCGGACGAUUUUUUCAGGGACGCGGACGAGCUAACUUUAAUAACAGCAAAGGUACGCGGUGGCAGAGCACCAGCGGUGAUCGUGGUCACCCUAACCGUGAGACAUCGCGAGGUACCUACCAAUAUCGCGUCAGAGGUAACAGGAGGUUGCAAGGUCAGUACUUUUAUUCUAAUCGCGGCCGUAGUAAUCAGUACCAGAACUCUCGAGUAAAUUACAUGAGUGGGGAAUCGCAGGAAAUCACCGAAACCCAAGGCGAAAACGAAAAUGCUGAACCGUCUCAGUUUUUUCGUGAACAAUGA